AAGAUUGUGUAAACCUGUAUCGUUUCUUUCAUGGAUUGGAUAGACUCUCUACUACUCCUUAUUCAAUGGCAGAGGACGAUUGUGGAUUGUAUUGCAUGGUUUUUUUAAAUGUUUUCACUGCUAUGACAUGCUUUAUCGUGCAGUGACUACGUUCCGUCAGAGAUAAGAAUCAGGGCACAGGAUUUACCUCAUCACCUAACCACUGCUCUAAAUAGCCUUAUCCACAGGUAUAUUCCUGUAACAUUCAAUUUUGGACAGUUUGUAUUAUGCAGAAUUGCCUUCAGAUAUUACACAGAGACAUAUUUUAUCAUUGAUUUGAUUAUUAUUGAUGACUAAAUAAUGGGGUAUCUUUGAGUAAGGAAAACAUCAGGAGACUGUCGUUCAUCAAGAGUUCAUGUUGUAAAAAGUGCAGAUAGAAGUCGAACUCACUCUACCUUUCUCUGCAUGUGGGACUGAAACGAAGACAGGAAUCAUUUUGUGCUUCUAACACUUGUAUCCAUGCCAAAUUUACACUCUCCUAGUGUUGGUCACUCAUUGAUACAAUGAAUAGAGUGCCAUGAUGUUAUUAUGCUUGAGAGACUUGUUAAUCUUUGAGAAAAACUUGCUUUACACAUCAUUUGAAUAUUGACAUAUCUUUUCCACCAUCAUACCUUGGAUGUUAAUGGGUAAACAGCUGAAGUGGAGUCAGAUCAGUAACCUACCAACUUGACUCUUCCAAAGAUUCGACAAUUUUGGAGGUUCUACCAUUUUUCUAUCAUCAUAUUUAUCUUAUAUUUAAAACUUUUUUCAUGACAAACAUGUGUAGCGAGGAUCAGAGAGCUUAAGAAGCAUCACGAUGGGAUUAUUUGUGGAUUAACAUGCACUGUACCUGAAUGUCUUAUUUUCCAAGGCAACAGGAAAAGAAUAUCAUUGCCAUUAUGAUCCCAAGACUUGGGUUAAUGAUUGGGGAGCUGAAGGCAACAGCCACUGCCUUGCAAGAUGCUAUUAACAAGCUCCAACAUGAAUACAAACGUCUUAGCCAGAUCACCAUUGGAUCUGGAGAUGAAGAACAGGAUCCUAACAAGCUUUCCACAUCAGAGCAAAAACUGGUCAGGCUCUGCUCCAGGAAUAGGAGAUGCCUUUCUAGACUAAUGGCAGUAGAGUGGGAUGCAGACAAGAAAUCAGAAUCUAGCUCCAUUGUAUCUUCAGAAUUGAGCUCUGAGGAUAUAUCACCAUCAUCAGACCCACUGGAUUCAGAUGAAUCAACCGACUCUCCUCCUAAUGGCCCUACUAGGAGGGAAUACACCAGAGAGUACAGUCUCAGGGACUCUGGAAAUGGGGAUUCCGGCGACUCUGGGAUCUACCGUCGGGACUCCGACAGGUCUCACAAAUUGGACACCUCAAAUUGUGGUGACUUGGACACAAUUAAUGAGGAAGAUUUGUCAGCAAUAAUGAGGCCAAAGACCAUUGUUACCGACCUGGAAACAUGUAAAGAUUUUGUGCAGAGUUUGGCUGAGCAGGUGCAGGCUAUGCAGGAGGCAUUGAGAAAGAGCAAAGAUGAUUUGUUAGAAGUAGAUGAAGAAGAGUUAGAAGAAGAAAGAGAUAUGGUUGUAGAUGGUAUGGAAGAAGUUGUGAAGCAUGAUAAUGAUAGAGUUCCAGAGGUUGAAGAUAUCUAUGAGACAACACCAAUGGUUGAGGUCAGGGUCAACUCAGAGAGAAAUGAAGGACACCAGCAUGAUGGACAUCAAAAUGGAGGAAAUAUUUUCUGGGAAAGUGAACCACUCUCAGUCAGAGAGCGUGUCAUGCAGAUUGACAGGGCUACGCUCGGACGGGAACACCGGUUGUCAUAUAGAGGGCGCUCCUCUCCAAUAGAAAGAGAUUCCUAUGCCAGUCGGGAGUCUCAUUUCAGCCUUCUCAGUCAUGAAUCACACAGCAGUCACCUGUCGAGAGGCAGUCAAGAAUCGCAUCAAAGUCUGAAAUCAUCGCUGGAUUCCCAUGCUAGCCAUGCUUCCUUUGGUCAUCAUGAACUACACGGAACCUUUGACUUGCCAGGUAUGAGGGAGUCAUAUAGCAGUCAUGGGUCAAAUAAGAGUUAUGAUUCCAAGAGCAGUAGUCUUGUCAAUGGCGAUCACAGUCCCAUCCCAAAACGUAUCUCAAAUGAGAGUCAACCCAGGGAUAGGUCACGUGGUACACCUAGUCCUCCACCAUCAAAAUUUACCAAUGGGCCAUUGAGGUCAAGCAAUCCUGUAAAUAAUGUACAAAAAAUCACUAAUGGUACAACCAGUCAAUCCAAUACGAACGGUACUUCAGGUAAACCCAGACCGCCUGCCAGGCAGAACAUCCCACCAACAAAACCCAUUCCUCCUGCAAGACCAAAUGGGAUUACUAAAAUGAAUGGACAAUCACUUCCUAAUGGGGUAGUCAAGCCAGCAAGGACAAGUGGUCCACCCAUUAGGAGUACACCAACCAGUCAGGUUGUGGAUGAUGGUGGAUAUGAGACACCUAUCCAAUGCAAACCUAUUCCACCUGCACGUAAUAUGGCUGGCCAGAAGCAAAGAUCAUCACAUGUGCAAGCAGACUACGAGGAAGUUAUUCAAUUACCUGGAAAUGUCUGUGAUAAUCAAACUACCGGUCUGUGUGUUCGGACCUCUAAGAAAGACGACUAUAUUCAUGUGUCUUCAACCUACGAAGUGACCGACAUUCAAGCCACUGGAAAUCAACCAAGCCGUAACGAUAGUGACAAAAGCACAAACGGCACCAGUAACGGUGUCCAGAGGACUGUCGCAGAAGAGGGCGCCAUUUAUGAGUUCCCUCCUGAUACAUGUCUUGAGGAAGAAGUGCCUCGGCCUGUAUCUGCAAUGGAAGAGGAGCCUCCUAAAGAAUGCUUUGAGGAACAUAUCCCACCCGAACCAGUAAUAUACAAGUAUGAUGGACCUGAGGUGUUUGGAGAUAAUAUCAAAACAGAACCUGCUAGAUUUGAGGAGAGAGAUGCCAUCAAGAAAUGGGAUCCGGUACCACUACUGCGAGAACUCUAUUCCAAUGUUCAGCGACACAAGGACCAAACGACGGGUCAGAGGUACUCCAGGAAUGAUUCUAGUCCUAAGUCUAAUAGAGCAGGUGAGAUCAGCAUGGAGGGGUACAUGGAAAAACUACCAAUGGGAAGAAGGAGGGCAUCACUCAUCAAGAAAUGGAAGAAAAGAUACUUCAGAGCUAAGGCAGGGAAUCUUUUCUAUUAUGAGGAUCACAAGGCCAAGAAGUCACUAGGAUAUAUUCAUCUGAUAGGAGGCAAGGUCACAGAGAUCAGUAACAAGGUCUUAGAAGUAACAGAUAUGAGAGGUAGAGUACUGCUACUGAGAUGUAAUAGUAAAAUGGAGUUUGAAGAUUGGAAGAAUAUCUUGACAGCAGAGACUGGUGCAUUUGUACCUAAGUCUAACAUUGCCCCUCCUAUCAGCAAGAGAGUAUUGGUAGUUGAUCUAGGUGGUUCAUCAGUCAGGGCAGGUGUGUUAUCAGAAUCCGAGACCCCCUACCCUCAGGUGUUCUUUCCUUGUGUAGCUGCCACACAGGGUAGAAGUAAGGACAAGACAGCAUAUGGAUUUAAUGCACUAGCACCAGAUUGCAGGGCUACCUCCAAACUUCAUUUUCCUUUCAGGAAACAGGCCAAACUAGAACAGUUCAAGCUGAACAUGUCAAUCACAGAAGGUCUUCUGGAAACGGCAUUCUCUGAGCUGUGUGUAGAUCCUAUCGCAUACACAGUGCUUGUCAUUGUACCAUUCUACAUGGGACCAAAAAUGACUGAGAAGCUGGUUGAAAUGAUUUUUGAUCGUUUCAAUGUCGAGGGAAUCCUUGUCCAAGAGCAGGCGUUGAUGGCACUCUACUCUUACAAGGCUACCUCAGGCAUUGUGGUUAACAUUGGUGAAAGGGUAGAUAUUGUGCCCAUUGUGGAUGGUUACAUUGUGGAGAAAGGGGUGUACAGGUUACCGUUUGGAGGGAGACAGAUCACAGAACAUCUCACCAGGCUCCUUACAGAGACAGGACACAGAUUGUUCUCUGAGGUGGAAAAGUACAUUGGAAGAUUGUUGAAAGAAAAGGCCUGUUUUGUAGCCCAAGACUACCAUGCAGAGUUGAAAUUUUGCUCACUGGAUCCAGAAUUGUGCAGCACUUAUCUUGACUUGGAUAAAUAUGAUGUACCAAAUGGAACAGGGACUAUCAAGUUGGAUUACUCUCGAUUCCGAUGCACUGAAGGUCUUUUUCAUCCAGAAGUAUGGGGCAAGGAUCAUCCUGGUCUACAUACAUUGGUCUACAAUGCCAUUCAAGCAUGUAACAUUGAACAGAGGAAAACAAUGGCCAAGAGCAUCUACCUAUGUGGAGGUACAACCUUAUUACCAGGGAUUGCCGAGAGACUAAGAACAGAACUAACAAAGAUGCUACCUAAGAGUACACUCGUCAAGGUGCAUGCUGCACCAGAGCGAUACCAUGCAGCAUAUAAUGGAGCCAAUGUUCUAGCACCUCUCUCUGCAUUUGAUAACAUGUGUAUUACUAAGGAAGAGUGGCGACAACUAGGACCAACAAGUCUUACAAAGUGGACAACAUCAUAGACAACAUAACUUGUAUGAAAGCUGCUCUUAUGAUUAUUCAUUCUUUGCCUAGUGAAAUUUUAUCCCUGGGGAGUUUCAUCAAUAUUCAUCACCUUAGGAACUCUUAAAUCUGACACCUACAUUAGAAGAAACCAUUGGUUUUGAUUAGCCGGGAUUUGAGAAACACUGGUGUCUGACUGUUACUAUGUCAACUGUAAGAGAAUGAUAACCUGUCAAUGCUGAUGUCCAGCUCAAAAAUAUAAGAGGAUUAUAAUGCUCAAUUAUUACAAAACAACAUCUUGAAUGAAUAUAAUACUCGGAUAGUAUGUGAAGUAACUUUUGUAAUAAUUAUAUAAUAGAUUAGAAUUUGAGAUUUUUUUACAAAUAUAGCAUUUAUUUUUUUUAUUUUGAUAAUGGAUGAAAGAAAGCUACAUGAAAUGAAGAGGAAGUACAUUUUCUGAAAAUACAAACUGACAGUGAUUGUAACAGCUAUUGGAGUUAUAAGUUUCUUGCUUCUCUUUUGAGAAAAAUAAUGUAAAAUGAUACCUUUUAAUAGCAAUACUUCUUAUAAAUUGUUCAAUAUUUAAAAGUUCAUGACAGAAAAUAUUAUGCCUGGUGUAGUACAUGUGUAUUAUAUUUGUAAUAUGUAUAUAGUUUUGACCUGAAUUUUUAUCAUUUUGGUAUUUUAGGAAAACGAUAUGGAAACUAGUCAAGAUUGUCUAGAUCUACCUAAAUUUCUCAAACAUUUCUCAAAAUGGUUUUAAAAAAGGUCUAUGAAUGAUUUAUCCCUUUAUUGCUGUUUUUUUUUAUUGGAUACUUAUUUCAACUUAUAAUGAAACAAAUGAAUCUUGAACCUGCUUCAAGUAAUUGACUAUUAAAGUUUAUUUUCAAAUAAAUACAAUUUAUGAGUGUCACUUAUAAUUGUAGUAUUAGCAACGAAGUGUAUAUUUUUGUAAAUAAAGAGACGUGGUUAAUGUAUAGUGAAGACACAUUUAUGACCCCAUAUUCUAUUUUGUAUACAAAUGCUUUAUCAUGUACAUAGUUGUAAAUAGUUAAUAGAAUAUGAAUGCCAGCCAGUAUGUAGAUACAAAUAUGUGCCUUCCAAACUAUAUUUGGAGAUGCUUUUGUAGAAGACCUAUUUUAAUGCUUGUUUUUCUUACUUUGACCAGAUUUUUCAAGAAGUUUGUAAAUCACAGAUUGCAUCCAGAAUGUCUGAGAGAUCAAAUUUAGUACUGAGUUUUAAAGUUUAUGUUCACGAUUGAUUGAUUGUGAAUAAAGCAAAGUUGUAUGAAGUCUUUUAGAUGGAAUUUUUUUAUUCUAAGUGUAUUGAAAUAAACUUGUAGUAUUGUACAGAAAAGAAAUUAAAAACAUGCACUCAAAUAUUUGGUUUAUUUCACUAUCCCAAAUGUAGCUUUGCAUUCAAAAUGCACUAUUUUUAUUCAUUUUCUAUAAUCAAAGUCCAUCCUGAUGUAAAUUGAUUUUGGUAAAAGUAGAAAAAUGAGAUAAACUCAUGACAAACUUUAACAAAAAUCCAUAAAAAAACACAACAAGAGUUGUGAAUCCUUGAAAUUCUAAUAAUGUGAUGUCACAUGUAGACAUCUCCUUUAUAAUAUGUAAUGUAAACAUCCUAAAUGAUAAUUUCAAUAAACGAUUUCAAAAAAAAUUAUGUAAUCCUUUCUAUGGAAUAGAAAUAACUCGUCAUGAACCAUUAAAAAGUGCAAUUUUAAAAAAUUAUUUUACAUGACUUACUGAGCAGCUUCGUUGUGAUGUGCCAUCACCAAAAAUGAUAACUUCAAAUAUCAAUAAUUCUAUUAUUGUAUGUUGGAUUCUUUGCCAAACCAUUAGUAAUAUUCUCUCAUUUUUCUGCUAUUAUCAAAACUUGAAGUCAGGGUAGACUUUCCCUGUCAUCAUACAUGUAUUCUAGCUUUCAAACUAUUCCUACAUAUGCAAAUUUUCACUAUUUAUAGUUAGUGUAUUACAAGAGCUUUUCUUAUUAAUCACUGAAAUGUUAUCUUCACAUUGGUUUUUAUAUCAGCAAUAUAGAAUCAAUUUUUUUGUGUUUUAUUAUGUAUUUCUUUUCUGUUUGCUGGAAUAUGGUCUCUCUGGAGAAAUUCUACUUUCUGAAUCAUUUUAUUCCUUUAUAUUGAAGAAACACAGUAUGUUUCGGAAUGUAACAAAAGCAACAGCAAUAAAGGAUAGGUAUAUUCAUAUUUGUCUAUAUUUUUUCUUGAUAAUCUAUCUCGAUAUUGAAUAAUUCUUAGAAAGAACAAACUUUUCAACAUUUUAUAUAUUGUCUCUUGCAAAUUACAAAAACAAUUAAUUCUCACUGUACUGUAUACUUAUGUGAAGUUUAUUAGAUGAUCUGCUUUGAAAGCAGUAAUAGUGAAUUAAUAUAAAUGUAUGAACAGAUUUUUAUAUUAUAUAAAUGUAUCACCAUGUGCAAUUAGUUUCACACUCAUUUUUAUUGCAAUAGAUAUUUUGUAUGUAUUCAUUUUUGCUUAUCCCUUAUCAUUUUGAGCUUUAGUAUAACACGAUCAAAUUAUGAAUUUUAUCAUAAAGCUGGACUUUUCUAUAUAUUUGUUAAUGUGAGCAGUUUUGAAUUUUUAAUAAUAGCUGAUGAUUAAAUAACUCAUAUGUGAUAGUAUCUUUAUCCCAGAGUGUUCAUAAAUAUAUUUGAUGAAAGUCUUUUAUGGAUAAUGAAUGUAUUGAUAGUCAAAACAAUGAUCACUGCAAUAAUAAAGA